AUACCUCUGCAGAGUGAAACCUCCCUCAAGUAUUAUCUUCAUUGCUUAGGGCCACACGCAGCGAUCGCAGGUUGCCCGUGCGAGUGGGUGGCCACCGCAGCAUUCGCACUGGGCGCCGCUGAGGGGUUCCAAUGUGGAUGGGGUAGCGGAAGAAGAGUAAUGAAAGCCUUCAACCAUUUGACCAUUACAGCCGGUAAUUCCGAGCGAAAUUGA